AUGAUUGCAACGAGGAGGAUACAGCCGUCCGUAACUAGACAAUAUGUAAGGACGUUGCAAACCGUCGCUUCCUCUCAGUCGUCACAGUAUGGACGAGCUGCGGCGUAUAGACGAUUAGGCGAAUCUACACCACUGCUUUCCUGCUUGCAACAGCCGCAACAACUGCAUCUUCCCACUACUCGGGCCACGACUUUCCCCCUACAUCAAUCGCGGUCCUUACAUACUACCCAAAAUUUAUCACAACAAGCACAGCCAAGACAAGAACCUCCUUCAGAAGACGUAAAAGAUCCUCCACGGCCCGAUACCGACGCCUCGAGUAAAGAGGCCAAAUCUGAGGGCUCGAAGACUGAGGAUGAGGGAUCGGCCGAAGGAAGCGGCAAAAAAAGAGAUGAGAAGGAUGCCCCUCCCCCUCCUCCUCACGGCGACAAAACUCCGUGGCAGGUUUUCAGGGAGACCUUCUCCAGUGGCUUAAAAGAAUCGAAGGAAUGGAACGAAUCCACAAAAUUAUUACAAGGCGAAGUCCAGGAGUUUCGAGAGUCUGAUCGCGUAAAGAAGGUCUCUGCGGCAUAUGACUCGACUGUAGGUCGUGCUGGUCGUGGUGCGCAAGCAGCCGCAAAAGCAGUCGGCACUGGUGCAGCUUGGACCUGGGAAACUCCUGUCGUACAGGGCGUCAGGAAAGGUGUCAAUGCUACUGGUCGCGGCAUUGAACAAGCCACGCGACCUGUGAGGGAGACUGAGGCUUUCAAAGCCGUAUCAGAAGCCAUUGACGAUGGAAGCAGCUCCAGAUACGGUGGCUGGAUCGAGAAAGAAGAGCGCAGGCGAAGACGGGCUGCUCGUGAGGCUAAAGAGGGAUUCAAACCGACCGAGAAGAUGGAAGAAGACCUCAAUGCUGGUACGAACGUCGUUAUCCACAAAGAUGCUGCCUGGAAAGAGGCUUGGAACAAUUUCAAGGAGAGCUCCAAGCUUGGUCAAUCGAUGCGUACCUGGCGGAGUACCUACGAAGAAUCGGAAAAUCCUUUGAUUUCGACUGCACGCUCAAUAACUGAUCGUAUCAGCGGUUUCUUCGCCGAAAACGAGACUGCUAUGGUUGUAAAAAAGUUCCGUGAGAUGGAUCCAAACUUCCAGAUGGAACCAUUCCUUCGUGACAUGAGAGAAUACAUACUGCCGGAGGUGCUCGAUGCUUACGUUAAAAGUGAUGUCGAAGUACUAAAAACGUGGCUCUCCGCCGCUCAGUUUCAGGUUUACACAGCAUUGAUGGACCAGUACACAAAGCACGGCUUGAAAAGUGACGGCAAGAUCCUCGACAUAAGAGGAGUAGAUGUCUUGAACGCUAGAUUGCUUGAGCCAGGUGAGAUUCCCGUCUUCAUCAUUACAUGCAGGACACAAGAAGUCCAUUGUUAUCGAAACAGGAAAACCGGUGAACUUGCCGCUGGUACCGAAGAUCGAGUUCAGCAGGUCACUUAUGCGAUUGGUGUCACUCGCCUUGCGGACGAUAUCGCAAACCCUGAGACGAGGGGAUGGAGAUUGAUCGAACUGCAAAAAUCGGCCAGAGACUAUAUAUGA